CUCGUCGGAAGGCCAUCUAAGCAUUUACCAAUCUCUCGUCAACCAACAGUAGCAAGAAGCAAAAGGUUUGCGUGAAGGCUUUGUGGCCGUUUGUGUGAAAUUUCGGGUGGGAGGGAGAAGGACCUUCCCCGCCUCUUGGUUUUGAUUCCCCCGCUCGACGCGCGCUCUCUGCAACAAGAACAACUUGUUUAUUGCUCAGAAGUAGGGAAAACUAAUAAACAACUUAUUUUUUUUUGCGGGACUCCUUCCCCUCCCCCGUUGGAACGGGAGUAGAAGUGACUACUUUCUUGUUUUGCUGCUCGAAAGUGGUUUUCGGGCGGAGUGGCGCUCAAUUAAGUGUGGGAUACUGAUAAGGAACACGCGUAGAGCACAGCUAAUUUGCGCUGCGGUCGAACUUUUUUCCCAAUCAAGUUUGAACGGGGGGAAGAAAAACGCUCACACACGUUCGAAAGAUAAAAGAAGCAAACUGGACGGGUAGCUGAAUCAGUUUAUUUCUUGGUUCUACGAAGCGAAGAGCGGAGCUUAGAGGGUGCAGUGUGAGAAAACGUGCUUUUCCUUGUUUUCCCUUUUUUCUGUUGCGGGAAAUUGUAGGUAGCGAAACAUGAUGGCGAUGAAAGUGUUGCUGACUACCGCUUGCUUGAUGCUACCGAUGGUGAUGGGUCAGUUGCCCGUUCAAAGCUGCAAAUCAGGAGUCAUUCCUACCAACCUAAUUAUAGAGGGUUGCGAAAAGGCACCCUGCACUAUUGUUAAUGGGAAAAAUUUGAAAUUUCUAGCGGAAUUCGUAAAUCCUGUCGCAACUAAAACCCUCACCGCGAAAGUGAUCCCACGGGUGGCAGGACUGGUCAUCGGAUACGAACUACCCGAGGAACAUCGGGAUGGAUGCAAUAAGCUAACAAACGCCAAAUGUCCGCUGGAUGCGAAUCAACGAGUCGAAGCGGCCGGCGAUAUCCUCAUCGAAUCACCCAUCACAAACGUGAAGGUUAACAUCGAGUUCCAGCUGCACUCCGACGCGGGAGUGGCUCUGUGCUUCAAGAUAGAUGCCAAAGUGGUGAAAAGUUAACCCAUUUUAGGCCAAGCGUUCGAAAAAUCGAACAGAAACUUUGAUAAUUUUUCACGUCUUUGGAAAGGAACCAUAUGGUAAUAUUUUUGCACCAAAAUAUAGCUUAAUUUAUUAGCUACCACUUA